AUGCCGCACGAUCCGUCAGAUGGAUUUACAUUGAAUCCACUGGCCGAAAGGCAUAGACUAUUGCAUUAUGCUAUUAUAUGCUUUGCACUGCCGUAUUUUUACAGCUAUUUUAAUGAGCAGAAAAGAAUGUUAACGGAUUCCGUGGAAGAGGCAAUGUUAUCAGCUUUUGACCGCGCGAUAUCCCAGCCAAGUUCACCGUUUAGGAAGGCGGUUGUAGGCUUCAACUGUGACGUCGACUUGAUAGUCCCUGGUGUUCGACUUAUGGAUGCGCUUAACAUCUCCAUCGUCAAUUCUGUGGCUGAUCACGAUUCCUUGAGCAACCUCAAAGAACUUGCCGAGGCUUUUCACUUCAUGUUCCAAAAGGGGGCUGCAGCGGAAAGGUUCAUGUCCAACGAGCAGGACUUUAAGAAGAUGGUUCAAGUAGCGGAGAAGAUGCCGAGGGCACAGUAUCACAUCGGAGGCAACGCCGCAUUAUCAGCUACCCGAAUAGCUACGGCUUUUCCUUGGACCGAGGUGCAUCUUGUCGGCCCGAUCGGACCACGAAGUCAAGCCCUUCUCCACCCAUCCAUAAAACGAAGCAACUCGACGAGAAUUACUAAAGACGAAAUCCACGUAAUCCUCGAGUACAAGCAGGGCGAGGUCUUUGGAGACCAUGUUGCGCUAGGGAGCUCUCGAUUCAUCACAUCACACGAUUUGUACAGUAGCAGCACAAUCCUCAUUGAAAUGUUUUUCAAAGCGAUCGCCACGAUGCAGCCGGAUUUGGUGAUUAUAACCGGUGUACAUCUGCUGGAAUUUCAGCAAGCCGAUAUUCGACUCGAGAAGUUGAGACUGGUCAAAAGGAAUAUCGUGCAAAUCGACGCAAAGGUACCAAUCCACCUGAAGCUCGGCGGUCUCGGUGGUGAUCGAGAAUUCGCAAAGGACGUCCUGGAACGGGUUGUCCCAUACGUCGACUCUCUCACAUUGACCGAGCAACAGUUGGCUCUAUUGGCGGCGGUUGGUGGUGGCCCCCAUCCGAACGAAUAUCCCGUGGCUGGAGGAGCGCUUCAUGCGCAUAAGGUAGUGGAUAUGGUAAAUUGGCUGCUGACAAGCUACGGAAAACCCAGGAACAUCACGGAACCGGAAGAUCGAUUGAAGCGACUUUCUCGAGUGCACUUCACCUGCUUGACUUUUCAUGUCGUGGCUUCUGUCGGAAACGAUUGGUCAAACCUGGCUGCAGGACUUGCCGGCGGUGCCAGAUUGGCCGGAAGAUUGGCAUGUGGAGGCGAAAACGUUGAGGCCAACUCCGACCUCCUCGAAAGCCGAACGGCCCAGUCCUUCCUGCUAGACAGCUCGCUGCAAAAGUUCUACCAAUUCGACCAUCAUCACCCUCUAACUUCGUGGCUACGUGACCAAACCCUGUUCCUCUUCACACCUGUCCUCGUAUGCAAAUACCCCAGAAAAACGGUUGGAAUCGACGAUGCCACUUCCGUGACUGCCCUCCUCUACUCACAAUUCUAUCGUUUUGAACAGGUCUUCGGG